GCUUCUCCCACCGACACCGCAACCGCGACACUUCGCUCUCUCUCCCCCACGCAACCGAACCAAAUCCGGCGAGCCGAAGCGGCGGCGGAGGACGAAGGCGCCGGCGCGAACAAACGCAGGAGGAGGAGGAGGUAGCGGGGAUGGAUCCGGACGCCGUGAAGUCGACGCUCUCCAAUCUGGCCUUCGGCAACGUCGUAGCCGCCGCCGCCCGCGACUACCAGAAGAAAGGAAAAAGAAUUUCACUCUCUUCCUUCCAGUGACGCAUUGCGCGGCUCUGAUCCAAGCUUGUGGAUCGCGGAGCUGGCCGAGGAGACGGCUAGCGGCGCCUGCUUCCUGGAUCUAUCGGGACAGGAGCGCGCGGACGCGUAGUUGAUCCAGCCUAGGUUGUAGGUUCUUGAUUGCAACGGGAUGCUGAAUUCGGCCGCGGAGCUCUCGAUUGCGCCGUGGCGAUGGGAGCGGGGAAAGCUUGCAUAUUUGCUUGCGGAUCGGUGUCUGAUUGUUAGUUCGAAUGAAAUUUUGGCUAAAGAGAAGGCUCAAGCAACACCUGCAAGCCAUGAUGAAGUUGAUCUUGAUGAAUUGUUGGAUGACCCAGAACUUGAGAAGUUGCAUGCAGAGAGAAUCGCUGCUCUAAAGAAAGAGGCUGAGAAGCGUGAAGUGCUAAAAAGGCAAGGUCAUGGUGAAUACAGGGAGAUAACUGAAGGAGACUUCCUAGGAGAGGUUACUGGCAGUGAAAAGGUCAUAUGCCAUUUCUACCACCGUGAAUUUUACCGUUGCAAGAUCAUGGAUAAGCAUUUGAAGGCCCUUGCACUGGUCUAUGUGGGAACAAAAUUCAUCAAGCUUGAUGCUGAGAAUGCUCCGUUCUUUGUGGAGAAACUGGCAAUCAAAACAUUGCCCUGCGUUAUAUUGUUCAAGAAGGGUAUUGCCGUUGACCGGUUAGUCGGGUUUCAAGACCUUGGGAGUAAAGAUGACUUCUCGACAAGAGCAUUAGAAAACAUUCUCAAGAUGAAAGGUAUAAUCGAUGAAAAGAAGAAAGAUGACGAUGAAGAUGACGAAAGUGAGUCUAAGAACAGGAGGGUUAGAUCUUCAACCAUUCAAGAUUCCGACUCAGACUGAAGAUGAAAUGAGGAUGAACCCUUUUUGUAAAAUUAAUCCGUUUGUUCUGUACUGUAAUUCUCAAAAUCUCUUUGUGAUUUACGUGUGUUCCGUGUUGUAUCAAUAUCGGUUACCAGGACAAGAGGAUUGGAAAUGGUAUGGCUGGAUGUAGAAGUGAUUUUUUUUUUUA